AUGAACAGAGAUCCAUCCCCGUUCCGCACAGCCUCAGUGGCAUCCACUGCCACCUCUCCCACUCCCAAAUAUGCCAACUUGACCGCAUCGACCAACCUCCGCUACUCCCUCACGCGGAAGUCAAUCUAUGACCGACAUUUAAACCGCACCAAGACCUCGGAGCUUUCGAAAUCGGCCUUCGCCUUCCUCUUCGGCGAAAUGGUCCAGUACGCCCAGAAAAAAGUCUACGGUGUUCAGGAUCUCGAGAAAAAACUCAAUCUCCAUGGCUACGCUGUUGGCCAACGUUUUCUCGAACUCCUUCUCUGGCGUGAGGGCCGCACUGCGAAACGCGAAACCAGAAUCCUUGGGAUCCUCCAGUUCAUAUCCCAUCAACUCUACCGUGCCAUCUUCCAAAAGCAAGCCGACACUCUCGAGAAAGUCCGAGAAAAUGAAGACGAGUACAUGAUUUCUGAUAAUGACCCUGUCGUGAAUACAUACAUCAGCGUGCCCAAGGAGAUGAGUCAGUUGAACUGCGGGGCCUUUAUUGCGGGGAUUAUCGAGGCCGUGUUGGACGGACAUUGUUUCCCGGCGAAGGUGACCGCUCAUACGGCACCUAACGAGAUGUGGCCCGGCAGGACGGUGUUUUUGAUAAAAUUCGAACCGGAGGUGUUGGAGCGAGAGGCAUUGAGGGUCGGCAGCUAG